GGACAAUAAUGAAAAUAAAGACAAGCAGAACAUCUAGAUUCUAGAUCUAUAAUCUAGAAUUAACUUUGUCAACCUCAUUUAAAGCAAGCCUGUUGUCAUUACCAUUGAAUUUUGGCAUGUAUGUUAAAAAAAGACGCAUCUAUAUCAAGUUCGCAUACUUUAAGUUGCAACAGCCAAUACUACCAGUGAUUUUGAUUGUUGUACAGCUUUUACCAGCUAUUACCGAGGCUAAGACUGUCAAUGGAGUGUUUAAUACUUUUUUGGCUCAAGCUGAGAAAGGGCAAUAUGUCACAACAUUUGCUUUUCAUGGCCAUGCUGUUUUAAACUUUACAGUAAACACAACAGGCACAGAUUCAAAACUGUACCUUUUUCUAUCAGAUGAUUGGAAAAAUGCUGUCAGCGACACAAAUUGUUAUCGUAGGCUUAACAAAGCUAGGACUAUAAUGAGUAUCAAUCAAACAGUAGGGACUCGUCUUAUCUCCCAGUUUGUCAACCCACGAAUAUGGCACAUUGUUUAUGCUGAUAUUUAUACAUGUGAACCAAACCGUCCGAACCAACCCUUGGAAACCCCUAAUGUGAUACAGUAUACCAUUCAAUUGUUUAACCCUGAUUCCUUAGGGAACCCAACUGAACACUUUAGUGACCAAGAAACUGGGCUUCUCAAGUUUUACCAGUUGCUGUCCCUGAUUUAUUUUGUUGUGGCUUGUAUUGUGGCCCCACAGUUGUGGGACACCCUGAGUAAAGGGGGCCCCAUGCAGCUUGUGAUCCAACUACUCACCUUCUCAAUGUUGUUACAGGCUAUUGCAGCUUUUAUUAUCAUUAUACAUUUCUACAGGUACUCCAAAGAUGGUAUAGGUUCACCUUUGAUUGAGCUAAUGUCAGAAUUUUUAGAUAUGUUGUCGCAGUUCACUAUGCUCUUUAUGCUGUUGAGCCUGUCACUUGGUUGGUCCUUGGCGUCAGCACACUCAGUCUGUCGGUAUUUACAUCUGCGCACCAUCAGUCAAAACAACUCAGCUCGGGUGGUCUUUGUGCUUGGCUUAAUGCAGGGUUUACUUUUUAUGUGGGAGCAAAGUCAGGACCAGAGUAAAAGAAUGUAUCACGCCCAGCGCAGUUACCCAGGGAUAGCACUUGUUAUAUUACGUAUUCUUUUAGCUGGCGUGUUUGCUUUCAAAUUAAGGCGCUUGAUAGCCUCAGAGAGAAGCCACCUCAAACGCAAGUUUUAUAGUUCAUUUACUAAGAUGUGCAUGCUGUGGUUUCUUUGUUAUCCAAUUAUCGUUUUCGCUACUCUAAUUUUUCCUGAAUAUUUGCGGUACAAGCUUAUUACCAUGGGAGUAUUGAUUUGUCAAUCCGUGGCUGGCGUUUUACUCUACCGCCUCUUCCUGUCUCGAAGCUUAUAUUGGGAAGUCUCGGCCUUGUCUAGUUCUCUCCCUUUUAGGUUUGGUCCAAAACUGGAUCUGAAAUUUUAUUCCUGACCUCACAUUUUUUGGUAGUUGUGAAUUAAGUAUUCAGGUUUAACAAUUUAAUUAGAACUCCUCUGAAAUUAAAAGUAGAUAUGUCAUACAAAGUUCAUAAAGUAGAUAUGUCAGCAGUAUUUUUGUGACAUACAUGAUAUUCUGUACAUUUGUCUUAGCAUGCAACAAAAGAUAUACCAGAUACAUUUAUAUGAACAAUAAGGGAUAAAAAUUAUUGCAGUUUAUAUUAUUGUAAAAAUAAAGUCAAUUUAAAAUAUUUUGUAGUAAUGUUUGUCACUUUUAUUUUAACUUUUGAGACGUAUUUUUAUGAAGUUUUGAAAUAACUAUAUUAAAUGGGCAUUUUAAAUUUAAAAUUACAUUAUAUGGUUACUACAAAUGAUGGGAGGUUAAUACAUUUUGUUUUUUCAGGAUACAAUACUAUUUUAGCUCUCUAUGUAAUACUGUCACAUUUAUGUAGAUGAAAUUGUCAUGAAUAGGCAUUUCUUACUCACAGUUUGAAAUGUUAUUGCUUUAUAAGAUUCUGUGAAUCUCGUUUUUAUUUUUGAUAUUUCUGUUGACAGAAACAUGUAAAUUUUUUAAUGAAAUGGUUUUUGUAUAUUAUCUUUAUUGAAGCGUUUUAAAACCCAAGGGGUUUAAAUACCUCGUGUCUACAACCAAUGGGAUCUGGUCUCGUAAAAAUUUGGGCACUGAAAGAAACUGCUAAAAUAUUCGGAAUGUCAUAUCAAUGGGUAGUGGACUUUAAAAUUUUUUAAAAUUAGUAUUUUGCUUGAUUACUUCCCUUGCAUCCCUUCUGUGAGUGAUGUAAUGGAACUCAGUAGAGGUAGAAUUUACACACGAUUUUAAAACUAGAAUAAUUCAAUUUGUAGACAAAACUUGGUGUAACACAAACAUCAACUGCAGCUUCAGUACUUUGAUAAUCAUUUAAUUUGUAUAACAAAUACUCUGUGUAAACUGUGAGCAAAAUCAUAGCUGUCAAUGUUAUAUGCUAUGUCAGCUAUGUCGCUGAAGUUUUAUAUAUUACAAUAUGUAUUAAAAUCUAACAUUAUAAAGAAAUUUUAUGAAUUGAAGAAGUAUAAUGUUAUGAUAUAAAAUUGUU